CAUUCUUUAGCAGAAAUGGUGAAGAACCCAUCACAGCCAGACUUAGAUUCAACAAAUUACAUGGGUACAUUGAAGAAAUCCAAGCAUUUUAAACUGUUUGAACCCUCAUUGGGCAUAUUAGGUUUUCUAUUCAUUACAGUUUGCAUAAUUUUUGGGUUUUUUUACUUGGAUUACAGAAGUGUUAUUACAGGGGGUGUGUUCAGAUUUUCAAAUGAGACACAAAGGGUUAAGUGGUUGAAAUUUGGAGGGUAUCCUAAUGGUAAUAGAUUUGAUUUUUUGAGUGUAGAUGGAGAUGGGUGUGAUGUGUUUGAUGGUGAUUGGGUGUGGGAUGAGAAGUAUCCAUUGUAUGAAUCUAAAAAUUGCAGGUUUUUGGAUGAAGGAUUCAGGUGUUCUGAAAAUGGACGGCCAGAUUUUCUCUACACCAAAUGGCGUUGGCAACCCAAAGAGUGCAAUUUGCCUAGAUUUGACGGGAAGCGGAUGUUGGAAAAGCUGAGGGAUAAGCGGAUAGUCUUUGUUGGAGACUCGAUUGGCAGAAACCAGUGGGAAUCUCUUCUAUGCAUGUUGUCUUCUACAAUUAUUUCUAGCAAGGACAAUGGUUCGAUAUAUGAAGUAAAUGGAAAUCCGAUCACCAAACACAAGGGCUUCUUGGUGUUCAAAUUUAGGGACUACAAUUGCACUUUGGAGUACUAUCGGGCUCCUUUCCUUGUGCUGCAAAGCCGCCCGCCUCCUCACUCUCCACCAAACAUAAGAACGACACUUAAGCUGGACCAAAUGGAUUGGACCUCCGUGAAUUGGCAGCACGCAGAUGUUCUUGUUUUCAACACAGGACAUUGGUGGAAUAACGAGAAAACGACAAGGGGAGGUUGUUACUUCCAAGAAGGAGCACAAGUCAAGAUGGAGAUGGAAGUAGAAACUGCAUACAAAAAGGCCUUAGAAACCGUUGUCGAUUGGAUUGAUAGAGAAGUAAAUAAAACAAGGACUCGGGUCUUUUUCCGCACAUACGCCCCUGUACAUUUCAGAGGUGGGAAUUGGAGGGCCGGUGGAAAUUGCCACUUGGAGACGCUACCAAAUCUACGUUCCUCACGACUGCAACCAUCUUUCGGUUGGCCACAAUACCGCAUAUUCAGAAAUGUAGUUUCAGAUCGCUCAAAAAACGUGUCGAAUGAUGGUAAAAAAGCGUUUGAUAUACUUUAUACGACGAGUAUGUCAUCAAGGAGAAAAGACGGGCACCCUUCUCUGUAUUAUCUUGGACCGAAGCUGAGUCCUGCCGCUGCACAUCGACAAGAUUGCAGCCAUUGGUGUCUUCCUGGGGUCCCUGAUGCAUGGAACGAGAUACUUUAUGCUUUGAUGCUAAAAAAUGCACCUGGUACGAAUGAUUCAUCUAAUAGUCAUUCACCAGCAUUAUGGUGACGGUGAUGGUGGUGGUGGUGGUGAUCGAGCUUAUGUGCUGUUUAUUUAUUUUAUUGGCAAGCAGCUCCAACCAUAGUGUACAUAAAUAUGCUUUUUGGGUAAGCUACGCAUUUCGUCCCUGUGUUUUGUUAAAAAUUGCAACUUCAUCCUUGUGCUUUGGAACUAUCGUUUUCGUCUUUGUGGUUUGCAAUUCAUUGUUAUUUUCGUCCUUGAUGCUAAGACGAUCGGUGGUUUAUCGUUAAUGUUUGAGAGGUGAAAAACAACAAUAAAUUGUAAACCAAUAAGAUGAAAAAACGAUGGGUUAUAAACCACAGGGACGAAAAAGCAAAACCACAUAGAAGAAAACUGUAAUUCUGAAAGAACAAAUUUUAGCAAACCAAAUUGAGGAAAAACAUUGUUUACUCGAUGCUUUUUGAUGAUCACACCAACGCAUUUUGGAGAUGUUUGCGUUGCGUUUGGACAA